GCCAACCCCCGCGGCUGGAAGAUGUGGCAGCCGGCCACGGAGCGCCUGCAGCACUUUCAGACCAUGUUGAAGUCUAAACUGAAUGUCCUCACACUGAAAAAGGAACCCCUCCCAGCAGUCAUCUUCCACGAGCCGGAGGCCAUCGAGCUGUGCACAACCACACCCCUGAUGAAGACAAGGACUCACAGCGGCUGCAAGGUGACCUAUUUGGGGAAAGUCUCCACCACAGGCAUGCAGUUUUUGUCAGGCUGCACAGAAAAGCCAGUCAUCGAGCUCUGGAAGAAGCACACACUAGCCCGAGAAGACGUCUUCCCAGCCAAUGCCCUCCUGGAAAUCCGACCAUUCCAAGUGUGGCUCCAUCACCUUGACCACAAAGGUGAGGCCACAGUGCACAUGGAUACCUUUCAGGUGGCCCGCAUCGCCUACUGCACUGCUGACCACAACGUGAACCCCAACAUCUUCGCCUGGGUUUACAGGGAGAUCAAUGACGACCUGUCCUACCAGAUGGACUGCCACGCCGUGGAGUGUGAGAGCAAGCUGGAGGCCAAGAAACUGGCCCAUGCCAUGAUGGAGGCCUUCAGGAAGACUUUCCACAGCAUGAAGAGCGAUGGGCGGAUCCAUAGGAACAGCUCCUCCGAAGAGGUUUCCCAGGAGCUGGAAUCUGAUGACGGCUGAAUGAACUUAAGAUGCUUCAACAAAGGCAGCAUUGGUCAAGGGAA